CCACUUUCAACUGCCGGAUGAAAAAAAAAGAAAGAAAAAAAGCAUAAAUAAUGUAUUCCUCGGGUGUAUCCACCCCCGGAUCAAUGGAGAUACAAAGACCAUCUACAAAGACUGCUGGCUCAAGGCCAUAUUUGAUCACUUCCACUGCGCACGAUCACUGCUCCUUUUUUUUGUCAGCCCGCUGAGACUCAAUUAUUUCCAAGUGUUUGUAAGGUACUGUUGAAAGAACACGAAGUGAAUAUUUAAACUUGGUGAGGGGAGGAAAAUCUUUGAUGAGACAUGAAAACUGCAGAUGGAUGGUAAUAGUGAACUGUUAUAGAGAGAUAGGGAGAAAGAGAGAGUAGAAAAAUAAAACAACUUGAUGCAGCAUCUAUUCCUCAUAGGAAUACUGGGAAAAUAGCUGUCUGCAUGAAAGCGAGUAGGGACAAAUUAUGGAGCACUUGAUUUUUUGAAAGGAGCUGAUAGAGCAGGUCAGAGCAUUUAACAGAUCAGUAUGAACCAGAGUGCAACUCUGAUGGACCUUCCUGCCAAGCCAGGACAUAUACAGUUUUCAUUGGGCUAAUCUACUUUAACACUGGAAGCAUUGUUCAGUUCUAAUUUUGUCAAAGUUUUUAGGAAUGAAGUCAGAAACAAUAUAGGUGUCUAAGCUCAUUAAUGAAUGCGCGGAAGAAGUUGUUGUGUAGCUUUGUGGUCCAUGCAUCAAAUGAUAGUAUAACUUUUUCGUAACUUUUUUUUUUUACCUCAGAAAUACAGAUUCAUAUUUCCUGUCAUAUCCCUUGCUGGGCUCGUUCCUCCCUUACCCAGAUGGCUGGGCUCGUAGCCCGAGAUUUUCACCGUGAAAGAUUUUUUUUCUUUUUUUUUUUUUUCGAUUUCCUUCUCUGCAAAGUCACUCCUUCAGCGGGAAUUGAUGGCACAUCCGAUUGGCACUGCACCGCCGCUCUCGCUGCGCUGCAGAUAAUGAGUAUUUGUGUAAAAGGGCAAAGCACAUACUGAAAUAAGAUCAAAGGUCCGGACACUAGAGGCAUCACACGGUGAGCAAAAAGUCAUGCUCCAGUAUGGGUAGUGCCAUGCCCAUUCAGUCACAAAGGAAACAUCUUUUGAUGUACAUUUCCCCAUGCGACCAUAUCUUGGUUCCAUCGGCCUAAUUUACAUUCCAGAUAAUAUUCGAGAGAUUAAAACUGUAGCUAAUCAGCAAACUGUUGCGGUGGGACUCUGCAAUCAUUGAUCAGUGUUCUUUGUACAACGGUACAGGACUACGACUCCACCUGCUACAAAACUCCUUAGUCACACUCGAGUUCUAGUUUUUUUUUUUAUAGCUUGCAGUUCCUCCACCUGCUUCAUGCUGUACCAAGCUUGUGCUGACACUAGGCUAUAACUGUUUUCUUUUAAAGCUCUUAUAUUUUAUGGUUUCCCAGUGUUUGAUGUGGAGUUUUGAUACCCACAAGAAGAUAUACUGCAAUCGUGGUUUUAAUUACCAAAAAGCAUCAUGUAGUUGUGCAUCAACCUUCUCACGCCUCUAUCUGCAACUCUAGUUAAAACAGGGCUCGUUCCAAUUUGAGGAGAGGCUCAGAGACUCUCUCUGCCUCUAAUUGGAGGGCCUGGGUCUGAUUGGCCAUUUGCAUUGAGUGGGGAGUUUUACCAAAUUACAGCAGUAAGCUACUCUCCAUUACCUGUGGUGAGCCUGGCUUUGCAUCACCCAGAAAACAGUUAGCCAAACAGACGAGAGGCUCAGGGCCCCUCUGAGCCAAACAGACAGUCAAAAUCGGUCUGAAUUACUCUGUUCCCCGUGCAAACCCCUGCGUCAUCUGAUGGCUUUGGGGUGAUCGCCCAUGGUGUCGCAGCAUCCAGGUACAAUGCGUGAGUGGUGGAGCCUGCUGCCCCUGCCUCCAAGCACACUUUCGGAGGACAACUAGGAGGACCACUUUCCUCAGUUGCUAGACCCUGCGGGCGGACAGUUACGGUGCCGAUUUGUGUUGAGGCCAGCCAGGGGAGUGUGUGUGGCCACAGAAUCCGAGACCAUCUGGGACAUGCAGGAGGUGGGUGAUCAGGCAGCAGGCACAGCAAGAGUGGAAGACUGCAUAAGCGAAAAUAUGCUCUUCCUGGGCAGCAGCUACAGAGACGAAGCCGUGCAGCAGCUUAAUCCCUUUUUCAGAGCUCUGACUCCAGGCAGUGGAUUUCAUCCCUUUACUAUGCAGUUUCUUUGCGAGGGAGUCUGGCAGUCUUCUUUGAGAAUCACAGCUUUCGCACGUCACAGUGGUCCUCAUGCACAACUGAAUCUGUGUAGGCACCUAUCCUCUAUCCUGGCAUAAAGCAGGGAUGUUCUUUGCCACUGUUCCAAUAUGACCCGGGAGUAAGUGACCUGUGAAGAGAGUCACGCGGGGAUUUUCUAAAGGACUUCUGUGCUUCUGUAAGAGUGUAUGGUCAUCUGACAUUGGGAAGCCCAGCAGGCCCCACACACUGGCAUCACUAUCAACCCCAGAAAAGUGCAGGAGACACCCGAUACCCAAAGUGCAACACUCCGCCCCCACCCUGAUGCCAUGGUCCAUGGCACCCCCUCCCCUCUCUGUUGCUCACCCACAAAUUGAUUCUCUCUUAAUGUCCUGUAUGGUAAAAUACAUAUGUAUACAUCUCCUCAAUCCGAAGGAGCAGCUUAAAAAAGAGAAAUGGCAUUUUGGAUUACCUCAUGAGUACGAUUUACAAAUGUGUUCCUGUUUGAGUUGAAAUUGUGACUUUCUCCAUUUCUAGGGACGAUUACUGGGCAAUUUCAGGGAGGGCUUAGGUUUAAAGAGCAAGACAGUGUGAAGCGGCAGCUACAACGGAUAGAUCAGUGCUGCUUUCAAGACGUCAAACAAUCUGUUAGUAGCGAGGGCGAUCCAACGGGGAAAACAGAUAAAAGACCGAAAAUAGGAAACGGCCACAGCAAAAGAAAAGAGAAAACAAUAGGCCAUGGCCGAGGGGAUGAUUACUUCUCAAAGUGAACCGUGACAGAAUGGUCGACUGUAUGAGCAAAGUCAUGCUGCACACGGCUGUCUCAUGCUGGCAACCAUUCCUGGGACUGGCCCUUGUGGCUGUCUUUGUGGGUUCAACCCUGGGAUGUCCCUCACGCUGCGAGUGUUCAGCGCAGACUAAGGCAGUUGUCUGUCACCGCAAGCGCAUGCCCACCAUCCCUGAUGGGGUCCCAACAGAGACCAGGAUCCUGGACCUGAGCAAGAACAAGCUGACAAUGAUCAACCCUGAUGACUUUGUUGCCUUUCCUGGGCUUGAGGAACUUGACCUCAGUGGAAAUAUUAUCAGUUAUGUUGAGCCUGGAGCUUUCAACGCCCUGUUUAACAUGCACUCACUCAGUCUCAAGAGCAAUCGUAUCAAGCUGAUUCCCCUGGGAGUCUUUUCAGGUUUAACAAAUCUCACCCGACUGGAUAUAAGUGACAACAAGAUUGUCAUCCUCCUGGAUUAUAUGUUUCAGGACUUGCACAAUUUAAAGUUUUUGGAAGUGGGCGACAACGAUCUGGUUUACAUUUCUCACCGUGCAUUCAGUGGACUUUUGAGCCUAGAGAUACUAACCUUGGAGAGAUGCAACCUUACAGUUGUGCCGACUGAGGCCCUUUCCCACCUGCAUAACCUUGUCAGCCUCCAUCUGCGUUACCUCGGCAUCAACACUUUGCAUCCUUACUCAUUCAAAAAGUUGUUCAGGCUGCGGCAUUUAGAAAUUGAUAGUUGGCUUUUGCUAGACCAUGUCCCAGCCAAUACCCUGCAUGGCCUCAACCUGACGAAGCUGUUUAUAACCAACACCAACUUGUCCUCCUUCCCCUACCAAGCCCUGAAGCAUCUGCCCUACCUGACACACCUCAACCUGUCCUACAACCGCAUUAAGCACAUUGAAGGGGGGAUGCUCAUGGAGCUUGUUCGGCUGCGAGAGCUGCAUCUAGUUGGUGCCCAGUUAACCGCCAUUGAACCGUAUGCCUUCCAGGGCCUGCGGGGGCUUAAAGUCCUUAAUGUCUCUCACAAUCGACUGGAUACACUGGAGAAGGGUGUUUUUCAGUCCCCUGAGGCUCUGGAGGUCCUUCUGAUUGACAACAACCCCUUAGUAUGCGACUGUCGUCUCAUGUGGAUCCUACAGAAAAGGCACUCCAUCUUCUUUGGAGAUUCGCAACCAGAGUGCAGCACACCUGAAGGUAUCCGUGGCAGGCCAUUUAAGGAGUUUAAGGAGACUCUUCUGUCUUAUUACGUGACAUGCACCAAGCCAAAAAUUCGUGAGAAUAAAACACAAACGAUCACUGUGGAUGAAGGCCAGCAGGCACUGUUACGCUGCAGCGCUGAGGGGACACCGCGACCCAUUGUGUCCUGGCUGUCCCCACGGCGCCGGUUUCUGACAAGUAGGAGCCAUGGUCGAGUGACGGUCCACAACAAUGGUACACUGGAGAUCAAGUCAGCUGAGAUACAAGACAGCGGAGUGUACCUGUGCCUUGCAUCAAACACUGCCGGGAAUGACACCCUGAUGACGUCAUUGGCAGUGAAAAGUUUGGGAUCACUGUACGCUAACAGGACCCAAUACUACACAGAUCCCAGCAACACCACUGCCAAUGGGACGGCCGGAGUGACCAUCGGUUUGGACCUAAAGACUAUUCUAGUGUCAACAGCUAUGGGUUGUUUUACAUUCCUGGGAGUUGUCUUGUUUUGUUUCCUGCUCCUUUUUGUUUGGAGCAGAGGAAAAGGAAAACAUAAAAACAACAUAGACGUUGAAUAUGUGCCUCGGUCAAAGUCAAAUGGCACCAAUAUUGACUCAGCAGAAGGACAAGCUGGUCCUCGUCGUUUUAAUAUGAAAAUGAUGUGAUUAAUUUUGUAGAUGCAAGAUUCUGGAUUGUGGAAAUGCCCAAGGUACAAUGUAUUUUUUUGCAAAUAGGACUUCUGAUCUUCCCAAUGCUGCAGGAAGAGUGACAGUGAAAAGUUUGGAGGCAUCAGAAGAAGAUGAGCAGUAUCUUAAAUCACUGGAUCUUGACAAAAAUGCUUGGAUUCUGUGUUUCACAUACCGAAAUGUAUGGUUGGACAUCCUGUUAAAGAAUUGACAGUGGACAUCUUAAACAUGGAUGAGGAUUGGAAGCUGUUGCCACCAAGAGGACCUUAAGGUAGUAGGUGUCACCUAUCAGCUUUUUGAAGUUUAUAUGCCCAAAAAGAACCCUUCUGUUUUGGGAUUGAUCUACAGACUCUGCUGAACCAUGUACAGUACAAAUUUGUAUCUGAGCUAUUAACCUACUUUGUUUAGUCUUGCGCCAUGCUUAUUCACUGAACAAAUCAAUGAAACAGACCAUAAUUUCCUAUGUUCAAUACUUUGCAUAUGUGUACCUAAUGCUUCAUUUUGUACAUGUAUGUACAAAUCCAUUCAAAAGAACUAUUCAUAGCAAUAUUCAUGGGAUGCAUUAGCCAAAAUUGAUAUAACCCCACGUGUUCAGCAAGAACAUUCUUCAGACUUUUGAAGUUUCCAUGGAUUCAGGAAGGGCUUCUAUGGGUGAUUAUCUGUCCCUGCUACCCCAAUUGACCCCUAGAUAUGAAUACAUAUAUAUUAUUUAUCAAUGAAAAUAGGAGAAAUAAUAUUUAUGAAAAAUGUUGAGUAUUUUUAAAAAUCAGUCCCCAAACACCUUACAGGAUCUAACAUAAAAAUGACUCAGUAUUGGUCAAAGUUCCUACACAAACCACAUUUUGUCCUAUUUUUGUCUCUUUUUUAUUCUUUAACCGUACCUUUGCUGGUUGGCAAACUACAUGUGUCAAUUUUACUACAGUGACAUUUGCAUCAUUUUCCCCAGUAGGAAAUUUGGACUCUGUUGUGGUAGUUUCCCAUUUUGUUGUUGAAUCAUUUAGAUUGUGAAAACUUCAAAAGUAAAAGUGAAAAACUGUAUGUGAAAUAAAUGAAGAUGUAUUUGUA